CAACAUCCAUCAGCUAACUUGGCUACCAAUGUCGGCACUCAAAUAGCCACCGGGCCCACCUCCCCACAAGGCUGCCCUCUUCCGCGAUUCCCAUCAUCCCCAGAUCUGCCAGGUGCUGUGCCUCGGCGUUAGGACCCAGCCUCCCUCUGCCAACCUUCUGCAAGCAGAAAAACCAGUUUGGGAUGUGUCUCGCCCGGCUUCCACUCCCCUGUCCACACCUCCAGGGCUUCAGUGCGAGUUUGCGGUGUCCCAUCACAAGCAGGGGAGAUUGGGAGUGCACCUGGCCGGGCUAAUCUCCCCUCCCUCCAAUGGGUUCCUUCGUGGGAGAUGGCAAGAGGACCCUUCCCCAAGAAAGGCCUAAAAAAGACGCGUCUGAGAACAUCCGAGACAUGGAACUGGGAGAGGAAUGGCAGGACGACGGAUUCCCGCGGCCUCUGCCAGAGGAUACCUCGGAGGAAGAUCUAGAACCUUCCAGUUCAGAACUGAGUCCGGUCGCCUCCAACACCUUGCAGCUCUCCGGCCGGAGACACAUGAGGAAGCGCCUCCAGGCCCCUGACCUCAGCGAGGAGUCAGUCAAAUCCGGGGAACUCCCCGAAAGCACCCCGGACGGCAGCUUGGACAUCAACCUGGACGAGCUGGAGACGCCGUCGGAAAGCGAGUUCCAAGAAGGCCCGGAGAGCGGGCACGAAUUCGAGUGGGAAGACGACCUCCCGCGGGCCAGGCGAGUGGAGGCCAACCUGCCCGAGAAAUUCUGCUCCGGCCGCGUGGUGGACACGAAGGGUCCCGACGGACGGGUCUGGCGGAUCUUCCUGGGGGACGAGCACGAGCGCAAAGUGGAUCUGAGCGCCAUCGAGCCCUACACGCGGGUGAUCUCCCACGGGGGCUAUUGCGGCGAAGGUCUGAAUGCGGUUCUGGUCUUUGCUUCUUGUUACUUACCAGAAAGCAGCAUCCCCAAUUAUCCCUACAUCAUGGAGCACCUGUUCAGGUACAUAAUGGGAACACUGGAGCUGAUGGUGGCCGAGAGUUACAUGCUGGUGUGUCUGAAUGGCGCCACUUCCCGGAGUCGCUUCCCAUCUUUUGCCUGGAUCAAGCAGUGUUACCAGACAAUCGACCGGCGGCUUCGGAAGAAUUUGAAAUCUUUGGUCAUCGUUCACCCCACGUGGUACAUCAGAGCCUUGAUGACCGUCUUCAAGCCGUUUAUCAGCUCCAAAUUCAGCCAGAAAGUGAAGUUCGUAGAUAGCUUGGAUGAUCUGGGCCAAAUUAUCCCCCUUCAACAGAUUCACAUCCCGGCCUGUGUCCAGCAGCUACAUCAGUCCCGCAGCAACUCUUGAAGCCCUCCACCCCAU